AUGGGAAAGGAUUAUACAUUUAUUAGAAAUUGGAUUAGUUUCCAUUUUAUGGGAAAUAUUAAUAAUUUUUCAUAUUGCGUUGUAAAUGCAGCAAGUGGUAACUUAUCAGCUUAUUUUCACAACUCUAAAAAUAUUGGAAUUAUUCUUUGGGCAAAUAUUGCAUUUGGUUUAGUUUCAAGAUUGGUUAAUACAUUUUUAAUUGAAAAUGUUAAUUCGAAAUUAAAGAUAGUAGUAAAUUGUUUAUUUAUGUCAAUUGGUUUAAUUGGUGUAGCAUUAUCAGUAUAUGUUAAUUUUGGAUUUUGUAUAGCAGCCAUAGCAUUUGUUGGUAUUGCAAGUUCAUUUGGUGAGAGUGUAAUUCUCUCAUACAUGAAGAAAUUUCCUGCAGAGCUAGUUAAUGGUUGGUCAAGUGGUACAGGUAUUGCAGGUGUAUGUGGUUCAUUGUUUUAUAUAGCAAUGGUUGCAGCAGGUUUAUCGAAUUCAACAAUCUUUUAUAUGAUGUUACCAACUGUUGCUGUUUAUUUCCUUUUAUUCUUUUUCGGUUUAAAAGUACCAAAUCAUUUAGAAGAAGAUAGAACAGAUAACCACAAUAAUAGUAACAAUAGCAGCAAUAACAGCAAAUAUACAGAGAAACAAUCAUUGGUUAAAAAGGACCAACUUAUUGAAGAUAUAGAUGAUGGUGGUGGUGCUGAAGUUGCACCACCAGGUGAAACUAAAAAACAAAGAUAUAUUCGUUGUGCACGUUUAGUUUGGUUCAAUGCUGUCAAUUUAGCAUUGGUUUAUUUCUUUGAAUAUGUUGCAAGUGUAGGUGGUGCUGAUCUUGCCUUGAAAAAGGAUCCAAACAAUGAUAAUUUCUUCAUUGCAAAUGCAUUUGCAAUCUUUAGUUUUUGUUAUCAAUUGGGUGUAUUAAUCUCACGUUCUUCACUUCAAUUCGUUAAAAUCAAACAUAUUGGUGUUAUCACCAUCCUUCAAGGUAUUAAUAUGGUCUUUUGGAUCAUACAAGCAAAAUAUAAAAUGGUCACCUCUGUUUGGGUACUCUUUAUUCUCAUGGUUUAUUGUGGUCUUUUAGGUGGUGCUUCUUAUGUUAAUGUAUUUUACUUAAUUCUUCAUCAAAAAAAUAUUCCAAAUGAAGAUAGAGAACUUUGCAUUAAUUAUGCUGCUUUAUUAGUUACUGUUGGUAUUACACUCGCAGCUUGUUUCAUUCUCGUUAUGGACCAUACAUUUUUAGCCUCUGAGGUUCCAAAAACUGAUUCUUCAUCCUCAACAUAA